GCGGGAGGCCUCCGGAGGACCGGCUGCUGCCCCGCGGGGGCGUCGAGGGACGGGGAUUGCGGGCCGGCAUGGGAGACCACCACGAAAUUCUGGAGCCGCGACCGAGUCUUCGCAGACGUGGCAGAGAAGCCCGGGGAAUACGUGUUGCCAGGAAUCUGUGUUCUUGUAGUCGCUGGGAGCUGAGCUCCCCUUGGCCCGACCUUUUUUUCCUGCGGUUAAGUGUGCCCGAAAACACACCUUUCACUGCUGUCUUGAAGUUUGCUGCAGAAGAAUUCAAAGUUCCUGCAGCCACAAGUGCCAUUAUAACAAACGAUGGAAUAGGAAUAAACCCUGAUCAGACAGCUGGGAAUGUUUUCCUGAAGCACGGUUCAGAACUGCGACUUAUUCCCAGAGAUCGUGUGGGAGGAUAUUGGCACGUGCAGGGUCCACGUACACUUAGAUAACAGUAGCAGCAGGCAAAUCGAUCAACAGGCUCGUCACCCAAGAAUUGGCAUCUCGCGUAUCUUGCACUUCUCUGUAAAAUCAUUGUUACCACAGUCCACUCAGAAUGUCCCUCCUGAACAACAUCUAGAGGAGAUCCCACCCCCACAAGACCACGCCUGCCUUCUUUCUUUGAAGUCUCUAGGCUUCCGUUUGCUCCCAGAGCUCCCCUGUUCACUGGUUUGGAGCAGACAUCACGACCACAGGACAGAGUUUUCUGCUCCUUUGAAAUGAGUAGGAAAUUCCUGUGUUAACCAGCAAUGGGGCAGCCACUUCUAUAGCCAUAGCAAAGCAGUUUGUUAACUAAUACGUUGAUAAAAGAUUAAUUUGGUUUAGACUGUAAUUAUUAUGAAAAGUAUUAUGGUAUAUGCCUUCAGUGCUUGCUAAGUUUGUGUAACUAUUAGGAAUUCUUUAUUACAUUCCAAGAAGAAAAGGCCAUUUGAAUAGCAGAAAGUUACCAUUAUGGGGGACUGUAUGCUUAAAUUGUGCUAAUGAUGGUUCAUAGAAAUCAUGGAUGUUAGGUAUAGGAGGUAUGUUUUUAUCAGGGAAUGCAUUUUACCAUGGAUAAUACAUUAUAUUUCUGAGCCCUACUGAUACAGAACGUUCAUAAACAUUUUCAAAAUGCCAGAGUUGCUCUGGUGUACCAAACCUGUUCCCACUAAUCUCCACACUUGGUUAAGAUUUAAACCUUUCAAUUGGCCUCUUUCCUUUUCUUCAAUUUCCCAAUUUCUGAGUGGUCUGCCAUAGGAAUUGCAUACAAGCUAAGGGGGUUUAUUGUUAAUUAAAAGCUGUGAGCAUGCUUUGAGUGUUUUGUCCUAACAGGAACUUGGUGAACGUUGUGUGUUCUUGGCAGUAAAAUAAAGUGUCCAUCAGUAAUGGAA